AUAGUUCUAACAGGAAACAUACAACAACUCCGAGAGUCCCAAAAAGAAGUUAUUUUAUGUGGUCAAAUGUUUUUACAACUAUUUUUAUGGUCAAAUGUAUUUACAGCUAACCAGAAAACAUGAUAAUGGUAAAUAAGAAAAAGACAACUGUAUAGUUUACUGUGUCAACACUAACAGAGAAAGCACCAACCUGAAGAUAACAAAUAGAUAACUUGUUGGACUUUCUUUGCUAUACAACAAUCUCUCUUCAUUUCCCAUCUCUCCUUCCACUUCGGACAACCUCUCACCGAGAAUUUUCCCCACCGGAAAAAAAAAAUUAUUGUACAGAAGUCAAAACGAUCGGCUACAAAACUUCUCGCGCCUAAAUUACCGGUUUGGUUUCUGUCUUUUUCUUUUGUUUACAAGUCACUCAGCUUUCUCCAUAUUGUCUGAAGGCCACGACCUUCGCCCUUCGCCAUCACCGGAGAGAUUCUGUGGUGUUGCGUUUCACCUGAGCUUUGUAUGAACAUGACGUCACGUUACGAUCCGAAGCACAUCUCGAGGCAGACGAAACCGUCAGACACUCCCUUGUCUUCUCCAUCUCGUAGUCAUCACCGGAUACAUCCUCUGCUCCAGAGAAGCCUCUCCUCCCCGUCUCCGAACGCCACGUGCGGCGGAUCAACGCCCGCCGAGUUCUGCGGCGGUACGACGGCGAGUUGCGCCGCCGUGUGGUGCUGCUGUCCUUGCGGAAUAGUCAACCUCGUCGUCCUCGCCGUCUACAAAGUCCCACGCGGAAUCUGCCGCCGCGCUAUCCGCAGUCACCGCCGUAAACAGCUCGUAAAGAACGGUGUCCUCCCGCCGCUGCCGCCGUCGGACGGGAAAGGCGAGAGGAUGAUGCAGAGAGUGUUCCAGAACUCGGAGUUCGCUAUCUUUCCGUUGGAUAGCACCGACGUCUCGGAGGAGGAGGAGGACGAUUUCUUUGAUCCUAAAUACUUCGGGAGAUCGCCGGCGGUUGCGGCUGAGCUGACGACGGAUGAGGAGACCGAUGAAGAGGACGAGGCGGUGUUGGCGUUGGAGAAAGAGAUGUGGAACAGGUUUUACGGUGCUGGAUUUUGGAGAAGUCCGUCGCAGAGAGAAUCGGUUUCUUCUCCGAGAGUUUCUAAGUCUCUUUCACCAUCGCCAAGGCCGUCGUUUGGUGAAGUGUUUCGUAACUCAACGAUUAGAGGCGGAGGAGGAGGAGCUACGGUGACCGCGUUGACACCGAGAGCCCUUUGGCAAUGACAUCUUGUUAAUAUGUAUUUCUUUUUUCUUGAUUGUGUUGUGGUGUGUGUGCAAACCAUAGUUUGAGUCUUGCCUUAAUUGAUUUAUUUGAUUGAUUGAUAUUUUGGUGGUGA